ACGAGUGUAACUCUUGAUCGAGCGUGGUACGGCAUAUUCUUGAGAGCAGUAGUCUUAAUUAUACCAGCCUUAUUUUCAAGCGUUUUUUUUUAAAUUCCCCUACUAACUUAAUCAACCGUUAGCAAUAAAAAGUGUAACAAGCCCCAUCGACAUGAUGCGAUUCAUCACUUCUUUGUUCGCUGCUUUGCUUCUGUCCAGUCUGGUGGCACGAAGCGCUGCUGAUUCCGAUCCAACCACCUUCCGCGAACCGGACACCCCCAUGAGUGACGAAGCUAUGGAUGAUCUUAGCAACAUACCGCUGGGCAACGCCGAUUCGGAAAAAGAAAUACCUGGCGAACCUCUAAAUCCAACUGAUUUCAAAAACGCCAUGACAGUCUCCAUGGAUCCACCUCCACGUGACAAGUUGGGAGGUGAUCCUAUCGAAAUUGCUGGUCUCUUUGAAGGUGACAUUGCUGGAGUUGUAAGCGCAGACAUGGCCGCCGGCAAGUCAUUUAAACCAGGCAAAUCUGGCACCAAAGCAACAGGAAAAAAUGCUAUUGUCGACAUGAACCUUCGCUGGCCGUCGAGCGUCAUUCCUUACGUCAUAUCAGCUUCUUUCGUACCGAACGACCGGAGCGUGAUCGCCAGAGCGAUGCUUGAAUAUCACAAUAAAACCUGCAUCCGCUUCGUCCCACGUACCAAUCAACGCGACUACGUUCACAUCAUGCCUGGAUCGGGGUGCAGCAGCAAUGUCGGCCGGACCGGAGGCGGUCAGCCCGUUUCCCUGGGCAGCGGUUGUGUCUACGUGGGGAUCGUCAUUCACGAACUGAUGCACGCUGCGGGUUUUUGGCACGAGCAGAGCAGAGGCGAUCGCGACAACUUCAUCGCCAUCCAAUGGGAUAAUAUUAUUAACGGAAUGGCGUAUAACUUUCAAAAGUAUAAUCUGGACCGAAUCCAGUACCUCGGAGCACCAUACGACACAAGUUCCGUAAUGCACUACGAUGCCUUUGCAUUUGCUAAGAACCGCGAACGUCCCACUAUUAUAGCCAAAAAACAAGGCACCGAGCUGGGACAGAGGAGAGGAUUCAGUGACGUGGAUGUUAUGAAAUUGAACAAACUGUACGAAUGUGGAAAGAACGGCGGUGUGUCAACGGUCACCACCACAAUGGCUCCACUUGUUUCCACUGAAUUACCAGGCAAAUGCGAGGACAGUCACAAAUACUGCAAGAUCUGGUCGGAAACCGGCGAAUGCACCAAAAACAAAGUGUGGAUGAGCGUCAGCUGUCGCAAAUCGUGCAAAAUGUGCGGAGUGGACUGUGAUAACUUCAACUUGCACUGCGAUUCAUGGGCAAAGACCAACGAAUGCGAAAAGAACAUUGAGUACAUGAAGCUUUACUGUCCAAAAUCUUGCGGAUUCUGCGGAACAGCUUCUAGCGCGGCGUGCAACGACGGGAAUCGAUACUGUAGUGCUUGGGCGGAACGAGGCCAGUGCAAAGCCAAUGCCGACUACAUGAAACUACACUGCAAGAAAUCAUGUGGAUUAUGCUAAUAUUUUUUCAAUUGUUUGCUGCGCGUGUCAUGGAUAUGCAUAUAAUCUAUUUGGUGAAGGGGGUAUUUCUGGUGGGAUUAAUGCUUCGUUGAAUCUGUUCACGUUUCCCCGUUCAUCGUGUCAUCUGGUGCACAUUAAUAGUGCGUUCUAAUCAUUCUCGUCAACUUAGACGUAAAAUGUCCAGCACUGAAUAUGGUAUCGGCUAAUGUGGGACUCGUGAUUUGGCCGACAGCAAUUGCUCUGAGAAUUAGUCAGACGCUUGAAGUUUACAGAGCCUACUUGAAAGACAGAACGGCUGGUCAGUCUUCAAAGUAGACUACCUUUCGACCUUUGUUUGCUAAGUCAUUUUCAUGGGUUGUGUGGUGGUGGGGUUUAAAGUGGAAUUAAAAUACACACGUAGAUCAAAAA